GUAACUUCUCGUUACCUAAGGAGCAAUAUUAUCGAUGAAUGAUAAAGAAUGUUUUUCAAAGAUAAACUUUCUGAGAAAAGAAAAAUUUGUUGAAAAAAAAACUCAAUAAUGUUACGUGUCGAUCAUGAUUGUGAGAUUAAUGUUAAACAAGAUGAUCUUCUAUUCCUUCCGGGUCGUGGACCUUUACGAAAAAUACUUGAUUGUUUCCGAAGAUUUAUUAUGGCCUCCAAUAAAUCUCCCUUGGCUCGAAAAUAUCUCAGAAGUAAUUUUUCCAUCAAUUAUGAGAAGCGCCGGCACUUGCGAAACUUUAAGGAAGUCAUUCAUCCCUUUAGUUUAUUCAGGCACUGGUGGAAUAUCAUGAUGAUAAUUAUUAUGAUCAUUUGCUUCGUUAUUUUCCCUUACCAGGCAGCAUUUAAUAUUUCCACAGUCAGCAUUUAUUGGACAUUGGCAAAAAAUUCUCUAAACUUUAUUCUAUGCUGCGAUAUUCUUGUGAAUUUAAUGACAGGAUACUUCGAUGAGACUCAGAGAAUAGUUAUGAUGGAGAAAUCAAAACGAAUUCGCCACUACAUCUACCCGGGAACAUUAAUUCCAGACAUCAUUGGUUCCUGUCCAACAGAUCUAUUCUUCAUCUUCGCCUGGGAUGAGACGAUCAUCCUCCGGGAGUACUGUUCCCUACUGGUGAUAUUCCGCAUCUUCAGUAUCUACUCCUACAUUCGGAAUCUUGCCCUAGCCUACGAUUUUCACACAACGCCUUAUGAAAUAUUCAAUUUUUUCUUCUGGGCCACAAUUCUCAUUCACUGGCAAGCCUGUUUGUUCUGGAUCAUUCCAAUAGCAGUCGCAUCCCUAGCACUUUUGAAACCCCCUUCCAAGGACUCGUGGAUAAAUUUCUCAAAUCUCUGGAACGAGAGUAAUUCGGAAAAGUAUUAUCAGUGCUUCAUUAGAGUUAUCGCUACAUUCACGAGGUGCGGAUUUCAGAAAGAGGAAGCCUACACUGCCGAGGAUCAGUAUUUAAUCAUCAUUUUCCAAUUGUUGGGAACCAUUGUCCUGUGUAUUAUGAUAGCAAGGAUUAUGCAGUACUUUCAGAGUGCCAACAGUUCUAGACUCAAGUAUCAAGCGGCUAUUGGUGAACUGCAACAGUACAUGAGAUACAAACAGUUGCCACGCAAAACUCAGAGGAGAUUUAUUUCUUACUACGAAUUUCGAUUUCAGCAUCAGUAUUUCAGAGAGUCGGAAAUUCUCAACACUCUCUCGAAUCAAAUGCGGCAAGAAAUAAGAAUGCACUCGUGCAGAAAACUAGUGGAGAAUGUACCAUUUUUCAACAAUAUUCCAUUAACAUUACUGGCGAGAAUAGUUGCACUCAUGAAGUCGGAAAUAUUUUUGACUAAUGACGUAAUUGUCAGGGCUAAUACACCUGGGGACUGUAUGUAUUUCAUAGCAACGGGAACAGUGGCGGUUUAUACACCUUCAGGAAAGGAGGUCUGUCAUCUAGAAGAUGGCGCUCAUUUUGGGGAAAUUGCCCUCGUGAUGCCUGACGAGAAGAGAAUAGCCAGCGUUGUUGCCGUUGAAGUCUGUGAGCUUUAUCGACUCGAAAGGGCUGAUUUCGCAAGAACUAUUCAUCCUUAUCCGAUGCUUUGGGAGCGUAUCAAGCAAAUUGCCAUGGAACGUCACGAAAAGACGGUUAUUUUCAACGCACAGUGAAGACGACUGGGACGGUACAACAUCUAAAUACAUUUACAUUGUAAACCGAGGACUCUCAGAAACGAUUCGUAGUUGUGACAUUUCGAAGUUUGCUGAAGGUUGAUCUGUGGAAUCAUCACUGGACAUCGCAUCGGUGACAUGGGAUAAUAUUUUUGUGGCCUUUAGUCUAUUAAAUAAGAACAGUGUUUUUGUUCACAAAAGAAUUUUCAUAUAUUUAAAAAAUUCGAAUUCGUCUAUGCAUUUCGUCGUGAUAUUACGACUCUUUAAGACUGUAAAAAAUACAUAUGACAGAUGAGAAGAUUUCGUCGAAAAAAAACAAAAAAUAAUAAAGUAGAAAAAACAUACCAGCAUGAGAAUUUCGAGAUAAAUAAUAAUAAUGGGAUUUUUGAUCAAACCAUUAUAUACAAUAAAAAACAUAAAAACAAAAAUAAAGGAUGACAAAAAAAAUUUUGAGGUUAGAAUUGAUGUUUUUUCGUUGAGAUUUUUGUUACGUGUAUAUGCAUGUCACUGAAUGUAAAAAAUAUAGAAUAAACACUCAACAUUAAAAAAUAAUAA